AUGCUUGACCAUGAGGGACAAGCAAAAGCUCUGCUGCCACCUGGGUUGAAGCGGCAACAGCGGGACCACGUCAUGACAGGCCUCUACGCUGUUGACAAUGCAGCUGCAUCGUUCCCCAUGAACGGCAUUUAUGCAUCGAUGGAGAUGACUCUGUCGGAGAAACUUACCGCAUGGGUCCAAUCACUCGGUAAACCGCUGCGCUGUACAUCUUGUCGAUUGCGAAUUAAAAUGACGGAAAAGACAGUCGUUUACCGUUUGAUAUCAAAAUAUCAUGUCGGGGAUGCCUCGGAGAGGCAAUUUGCUUUUAUUUUCCCUGUCAGUGGCUGCAGUGGGGCCCUGACUUCACUUUUGGCGCGAAUUAAUAAGAGUGUAGUGUUGGGGCAGCUGGUAAGGGCUGAAAACGGUGCGUCCGGACAAUUACUGCGAGUGGUAGCAGCAACAGGCACGCCUGAUGAAACUUCUACUGAUAAACCACACACGCGUAACGUGGCAACCUACAGCAUUACACCUAAUGCAUCCGAUGUGCUUGACGGCAAAGCGGCGGAAGUGGGAGCCGAGAUAAUUGUAGAGACUCAAUGGAUUUCCAAAGAAAUGGCAUCCUGUAGUCCCCAUAUGUUGCAGAUUUCAUAUUCGUUUGUGUGUGCACCACGAUUGCCAGACGAAAUUGUCUGUCGUACGGCGUUUUCAUAUCCUCUAAAAAUGGUGUCCAGCCCCAAUUGCCGCAUUGGUGGGGGUACGUUGAGUUGGAAGCUGCGAAGAAGAAGUUGCAAGAUUUGGCUCACUCCGCAGAAUGCCGCAAAGAUGCUGCGGCGCGACGACAAAGUUUUCAUUCUUACAUUUUACUUUCAGAACACCCUUCACGCCGAGUACAAGCCAGGUCCUCUCGGGCCUGUGUUUCUUGUAAUCUUCCUGUUUCUCAUACUGUGGAUGAUGCUAACAAAAGAUUUGAGUGUCUGA